AUGAAGAUACCUUUGCAGCUAUCAUGUCAUUUACAAGUGGCUCUGCUGGUGGCAUUGACGGAAUUACACUACAACAUCUUAAAGAUCUUUAUAUUAGACGGGGGCACAAACCAAGCGAAUCCCACAACAAACGCGAGUGGCGAACCUAGUCCAAAAUCUUUGGUGACACUAAGUAAUGUGGCCCCUAGUGUGGAGCAAAAUGACACGAUACAAGAACAUGAGAGCAAAAGUCCUGUGAACGUAUCGAUCACUGCUGAAACUGCUGAUUCAAACACUUCUACAGAAAAAAAUAAGGAAAAUGUAAAUGCCAACAUUGCCACUACUAGUGGCAUAAUAGCUUCUGGAAUUGGAUAUUCCCAAUUUGAGGAGAUAAUGUCGGCAAUGGAUGUUCCAGUAUUUUCCACAACAUUUUUUGCCCAGCUUCAGAAACAAGUGUAUGAGAAAUGGGAAAUGGUAGCUACUGAGUCCAUGGAAGCUGCGGCUAUGCGAGAAAAAAUAGCGGCUAUUGCAGAGGUGCAGUAUCACAAUAAAGCCACAGACAAGACUAAAAAUGAUUCCAUUCCUCUUUUACAUGAUAAUAUUGCUAAUUCAUUGGCUCAUGCAUAUGGAAUUCACAGAAUGGGUAAAAGUCAUUACUGCGAUAAAGAACAAAAUGACAAAAAUGACCUGCCAAAAAUCCAGAAUUCCACAUUUUUAUUUAGAAUGAAUGCCAUUAUUUGUACUGUUGCCGCUAAAUCGCGAACCCUUAUAGAAAAUGUAGACACAAACGCAGUAGAGCGUUUCAACAGUGUUGUCGCUAAAUUUGUUGGAGAAUUGGAGCGGAGAAGGUCUUUAAAAAGGAAAAUUAACAUGACGCAUCCUACUAAAAAAUAUAGAAAAAUUCAUGUUACUAACUUACAACAUGAUUAUGGUGCAAACAGUUCUGCCCCUGAUAUGUCAACUACAGAAAUAGGCAGAGCUAAACAAAAUUUUAUCGACAGUUUAAAAGUAGAUGACAGAGACCAUAUAGAAAGAUCUACCAUACUACAGGCAGACAGUAGCGAUUGGUUAGAAAUACGAAAGAAAAUAAUCACAGCUUCAGUUUUUGGUUCCAUAUGCAAGAAGAAGCCGUCGUCUGACACAUCAACACCACUGGGAGUACAUUGUAUCCCGAGAACUGCGAGUUUGAGGCCCGAAUCAACCAGCCGCCUUCAGAAUACAACUCGGCUGGGUGGUACACGGAACAGCACCACGCAGCGUAAUCCACAACCAAGAUGGCGUUCUUCAUGUCUUCACAGUCGAACCUGGUGGAAGCUUGAAAAGGAGCAGCGAGAUCAACGCCUUCAUGACCUGGUGGAAGAACACUUUCGAAUCGACGCGCUCGGCAUUGCUCAUAAGUCACGGGUGAGCGAUGUGAACUCCCGGGCCACGAAGAUCGCCGAACAGACCUUGAAGAAAAUCGAAGGUAGGACCAGGUGGGACUGCCCUGGAAGCAAGACGACGUCAAGAUGCCGCCUUGUUACGACGCGGCACUUCGCCGUCUUACGAAGAUCGAACAGAAGAUGGAUGCCGUACCGACCUUCGCAGAAGAGUACACCAGGCAGA